UUCGGCUCCGCCUCCAAGCUCCCCGUUGCUAUGGCGACCAGCUCGUUGGUGUGGAAGCUGGCGGGGUUGCUGCAGGACUCGGGUGACCUGGUCCUGUCUGGCUGCAGUACGCUGACGCUGCUGACCACUACCUUGCAGCAGCUGAAUCAUGUGUUUGAGCUUCACCUGGGACCCUGGGGUCCAGGGCAGGCUGGCUUUGUGGCCCUGCCCUCCCACCCUGCUGACUCCCCAACUAUCCUGCAGCUUCAGUUCCUCUUUGAUGUGCUGCAGAAAACACUCUCACUCAAGCUAGUACAUGUCCCAGGCCCUGGCCCUCAAGGCCCCAUCAGGAUCUUCCCCUUUAAGUCCCUGAAGCAGCUGGAGCUACGAGCUGUCCCUCUUCACUGUCUGUGUGGCCUCCGUGGAAUCUACUCUCAGCUCGAGACUCUGAUCUGUAGCAGGAGCCUCCAAGCACUAGAGGAACUCCUCUCAGCUUGUGGAGGGGACCUCUGCUCUGCCCUCCCCUGGCUGGCUCUGGUUUGUGCUGAUUUUAGCUAUAAUUCACUGACAGCCUUGGACCGAUCCUUGCACCUCUUGUCAGCUCUUCAGAUUCUGAAUCUGAGCCACAACCAAGUCACGGACUGUGAAGACUUCCUGACCGCAUUGUCCGAGUUGCAGCAUCUGGACGUCUCUUAUAACCGCCUUCAGUCGGUCCCGGUGAUGGGCCCCUCUGGGGCUGUGCUGAGAACGGUGGUGCUGAGGGGCAAUGAGCUUCGGAGCUUGUGUGGGCUGGAUCAGCUGAGGGGCCUUCGGCACCUGGACCUGGCCUACAAUCUGCUGGAACAACACCGGGAGCUGAUGCCCUUGAGGGUGCUGGCCGAGCUUCAGAGACUUCACCUGGAGGGGAAUCCUCUGUCGUUUCACCCUGAUCACCGAGCGGCCACUGUCCAGUGUCUGUCACCGCAGGCCAGGGAUACUUCUGCCCCUGGGUUUCUUCUUGAUGGGGAGCCGCUGUCACCUGCUGACUUACAGCCUCCCACAUCUUCUGGGCUUUGCUCCUUGGCCCUCCCUCUACCCUCUACAGGUGGAAGUGCCUCAGAGACCUCAUAUGGCCCUGACUUGAGUGACAGUCCGUCUUCAGGAGGUGUCUUGGUUCGCCCUCUCCCUCGUAAGGCUAAGAACCGCAUCCGUGUGAGGCAGGCUAGUAUCUCAGAGCCGAGUGAUACUGAUCCAGAACCCCGAACUCCAGAGCCCUCCCCUGCUGGCUGGUUUGUGCAACAGCAGCGGGAGCUUGAGCUUAUGAACAGUUUUCGGGAGAGAUUUGGUAAUGAAUGGCUGCAGUACCGUAGCCACCUGGAGACCCCUGGGACACCUCCUCUGGGGACCCCCAAGACCUCUGACUUUGGCACAGUCCCCUUGGACCCCCCAAACCCUAAGAGCCUUUCUAGCUCACUGCAGCUGGGGGAAGGAGCCAGUAGUUUAGAUGAAUCCCUCCUGAUUGGGCCAGGAGAGGACAAGAUUGAAGAGGAGGUGGCUAAAGAGAAGGAAGAGGUGAAGGAAGAGGUAGCUGCAGAGGAAGAUGCCAAAGAGGAAAAGGAAGGGGAGAUAGAAGAUCAAGAAGUGGAGGCGGAGCUAUGUCGUCCCAUGCUGGUGUGUCCCCUAGAGGGGACAGACGGGGUGCGUGGCGAGGAGAGGUUUCUGCGGGUCACAUCUGGGCAUUUGCUGGAGGUAGAGCUGCAGGCAGCAAGGACGCUGGAGCGACUGGACCUUCAGAGCCUUUGGGCGGCUGAGUUAGAGAUGGAGGCAGAGCCUCAGACCCAGAGCGGGGCAGUGCCUGCGGACUCUGAUCAUGCUCCUUGUGGCCCGAUUAUUGCCCUGCGCUUCUCCUAUAUCCGUUCUGACCGGCGGCUGCGACGGUACUUGGUGGUGGAGCCCGAUGCCCCUGCUGCUGUGCAGGAACUGCUGGCUGUCUUGGCCCCAGCAGCAGCUGCCUCGAGGCUUCGGGUGGGGGCAGCCGGAGGUCCAUCAGGAGGCCAGCUUCGGUGCCUGCGCUGUCAUCAGAUCAGCAUGGUGAUGACUCCUCAGGAGGAGCUGGAUGCCCAGGGCAAGUGGACACCAAAGACCGAUGGCCCGCUUCUGUGUCCCGUGUGUGGCAGUGACCACGUGGUGAUGUUGCCUCAGCAUGAUGAAGCCCCCAGAGGGGAGCAGAAGGAAGGGGAGCAGGACCCAGCUUCCUCCGCCCUCCCCAGAGCCCCUCUGGGCUCUCCAGAUGAGGGUGAUGGCGAUAAUUCCAGCAGUCCUUCCCUCCAGGCCCUUGUGCCCCAGGACACUGACAGCUGGGGCCUUUGUCCUCCUUCUGACCACUCUGGGCUGCGCUCUGUGGAUCACCGACUCCGACUUUUCCUGGAUGUUGAGAUAUUUGAAGACGUCCAGGAAGAGUUUCAGUGCUGUCUCAAGGUGCCGGUGACACUUUGUGGCCAGUCCACGGAGGUUCUUUCCCUUGUUGUUGUAUCUGAUCUCAGGCUUUAUGUGCUGGAGGUGACUGGGGAGAUACGAGGUCAGCCUUCUAGCUGGCUGCAGCCGCGCUCAGCUGUCUCCCUGCAGGACCUGAGCUGCCUAGAACUCGGCCUGGCCGAGCAGAGCCUUCGGCUGGAGUGGGCGGGGGGUGGAGGUGGCUGCCUUCUGCUGCCCCGGGAACCCCGAUGCUGCCGUGCAUUUCUGGAGGAGCUCAGUGCCACCCUGCAGCUGCUGCCUCCUGGCCGAAGGCCUCGUGUUACUGCUACCAAGGAGGAAAUGACGGGUCAGCACCGACUCUGGCCAUUGCUAGACACCGACUCCAGCCCUGAGGACCCUCAGUUCUUCUACCUGCGGGCGUUUCUGGUUGAAGGCUCUACUUCCUGCCCAGUGUCCUUGUUGAUAACUCCAUCCACCUUGUAUCUGCUGGAUGAAGAUCCCAUGUGGUCCCAGGCUGGGCCUUCUCCUUUAGAGACAGCUGGAGAAGCAUCCAUAAUGACACUUCCCUCAAGACUGGAUCCUUCUGUCCAUAUCCAUGAGCAGCAACCGCUCAGCAGCCUCAACUCCAUACAGGUUUAUCAAACAGCCCUGAUGGACUUUCGUCUGGCACUGUAUGAUGAGGUAUUACGACUUGAGAGUUUUUGGUCUCUUCGUGUUGUGUGUCCGGAGCAAUUGACUGCGCUGUUGGACUGGAUCCGAGGUCCCUGGGAGGAGCUAUUUUCCAUUGGACUGCGAGUGCUGACCCGGGAGGCCCCAGACACUGAUCCAUGAGGCUGAGAGCCGUGCCCUCUGGGAACUGAACUGACUUGUUGUGCCGUUCAUGGUCCGGUCGCCUGCCCCAGAUUUGCCCAAGGGAAGGACAUGAGUAUGCUGCUGUGGUCCCUGGGCAGCUCUGACCAGAGGUGACCGAGCUGUCAGCAGAGAUGAUGGUCCAGGGAUCAGCCCACUUAAGGCCUUUGACAAUGUGACAUUGACUGUUUCUCAGGUGCCAAUAAAGCUUAUUUCCAUUCCUGA